AAGUACAUAUGAAUGCCCUUAUGUCUUUGUAUGUGAUAUGCAAUUAUAAACAGUAACUACGUUAGAUAAACACACAAGUGUUUUCCUAUCGCGAUGACAUUGCAUACAUAAAUCAAAGAUUCUUGUUAUAACUUCAUUUACAAGUGUCUGUUUCAAAGUAGAAACCUACGGGUAUUUUGUGGUUUUCUGACUCUUGAAGAUGACCAUUCGUUGGGGUAUUGUCAGUUCGGGGAAGAUUUGCCAUGAUUUCGUGAACGCAAUUAACUCUUACCCAGAAAAGGGAGAUAUGGUGGUAUCAGCCGUAGCUGCUCGGGAGAAGUCCAGAGCAGAGGAGUUUGCUAAAUGUCACAACAUUCCUAAAGUUUUUGGAUCCUACGCUGAGAUGGCCAAAAGCAAAGAUAUCGAUAUUGCCUACGUCGGUGCUCUUAAUCCCUACCACUACGAACUUUCAAAACUAUUCCUUGAAUCCGGCAAACAUGUGCUAUGCGAAAAGCCGUUAUGUUUAAAUUACAAACAGAGCGAAAGCUUGAUUAAAAUAGCUAAAAAGAAAAACCUGUUUUUAAUGGAAGCAGUUUGGUCGAGAUUUUCUCCACUGUACAUCAGCUUGGAAAAAGAGAUUAACUCAGGCAAACUUGGGCAAGUGCAGUUUGUUGAAGUUAACUUGGGACAUCCUAUAGCCAACAUUGGUCGUAUUAGUAAAAAGGAAUUAGGCGGCAGUGCCAUACUAGAUAUGGGCGUCUACGCUCUACAAUUCGCACAGUUUAUUUUCAAAGAGGAACCGAUCAAGGUGACCGCGGUCGGUGAACUGAACCAAGAGGGAGUGGAUCUGGUUGAUACAGUGGUGCUGCAAUACACUGGCGGGAGGCGCGCUGUGCUCAAUAUACAUUCUAAAGUGAAGCUAUGGAACAAAGCGACUGUAGUCGGCACUCUAGGCCGAUCUACGAUUGAAGACCCUUUCCACUUCCCUAACCAAUUGACGCACGUCGACGGCAGUGUGGAAUGUUUCUGUUUGCACGCAUCACCUAAGGAAUACAACUUCGAAAACAGCGCUGGGUUAGUUUACGAAGCUCUUGAAGUGGGGCGUUGCAUAAAAAAUGGUUUAAAAGAAUCACCACGAAUGACGCACAAGGACAGUCUCAUACUCUCCAAACUCAUGGACGCAGUUCACAAACAAGUUGGAGUGCACUUGGAUGCUGAUGAUGAGAACUAUUGAGAAUUCAUAACAAACUAGCGGACGCUCGCGACUUCGUCCGCCCUGAGACAUUUGGCCCUGUUGUAAAAUCCGUUCAUUACACAUAUGUAAUGUUAUAAAGAGGUAUGAUUUAAAUUAUUAUGCUGUCAU